GGAGAGAAGAUCAGCCGCAGCACAGCUCCCAACCAGUUGAGAAUUACACCUUCCUAAUGGGGACUUCUAUGCCGGAUUCUUUUACAACUCUCACAAGUCAUUGAAGUUUGCAAAGCGGAAGAGAGAAAGCAACACAACUACAGAACUUUCCAAGAAGUUUUUCUCUCUUCUUCUCUAAAUAUUGCUUGGUGAAGUUGGAUCUAUAAAAUCUGCAGACACCUAUUUAUUUGUGGCUCCUGUAUUCAGCCUGGCAUAUACUAAAUAGCUGCUAGUGGAUCCACCCCGGGUUGACUUCCUCCCCCUUAAUUCUGGAUUGUACUCCUUGGAUUAAGAUUGUGACUUAUUUAUUCUAUUUAUUUAUUUAUUGUUCCUCUGGAGAGCAUGGAGGGGAAGGAGGUGUGGAGAGCUGCUGCUAGCAACAGUGUCUUCUCUAGGAGUUGUAGAACCAUCCCCUGUAGGACAGAGGACUGUAGGAAGUGCAGCAGGUUCCCUGCACUCUUGGCAUGUGGGUUUACCUUAUUAUCAGGGUUUUCCCUGGUUCUCAGCCUCCUGGUUCUCUGUAGAACUUCUGAUUUACAGUCCAGGGUUUCUGAUUUAGAGAAGUUCAGAUACACUCACUUAUCUGCCUUAGUCUCUGCAGACCAAAUGGAGACAGCUAUUUUGGGAAGAGUUGACCAACUGCUGGAAGAGAAACUGAAAUCUCAUCUGCCAAGACUUCGAGAAGUAAGAGAGACGAGUGUUAAAUGUCUAUGUCCACCGGGGAACCUGUGCAGUCCAAUCUGCAGGCAUCAUGUAAUAGAGCAGGAGAAGCUGAGCAGAUGAUAUAUAGAUUAUGGGAAAAGAUCCAGGAUAACUCUCUGCUCAUGACAUCUAGUAGUGAUGACAAUCCACUCUUCUUAAAGGGGAUGUCUCACAAAGCAAAGUUGGUAAAAUCAGAUGUGCACCACAUACAUAUACACUGCUCA